GUCGAAACAACCUCUUCUCUAGAGCAACGAAGUCUCAACACUCAUCAUGAAGUUGAUCACUCUCGCACUGGCUCUCCUGCUGGUCUUGUCCGCCGUCCUGUCGCCCAGCCAAGCCACGCCGGACGCCCUAGCAGACCCGAGUCCGUUCUUCUUUCUCAAAAAGAAGAAGUAUGGCUAUGGCAACUAUGGCUAUGGCGGUUAUGGCCACGGUGGAUAUGGCGGUUAUGGCCACGGCGGAUAUGGCGGUUAUGGCCAUGGCGGAUAUGGCGGUUAUGGCCAUGGCGGUUAUGGCGGUUAUGGCCAUGGCGGACAUGGCGGUUAUGGCAGUUACUGGUGAAGGAAGAGACAGGCAGACUCCCCAAGCAAGAUGUUGAAGAGCUAAGAUUUUCACUCGCUCAACGCAGUUACAGUUAUCUCGUCGAAAACUAUUAAAUGAAAUGAACCAAUGAUUUUUUAGGAAAUAAGAAAAUAA